AUGUCGUCUUCGGCUAGCCAGCUCACCGAGGACACUGUCAUUGUCGGUGAGUCUUUCGAUUGAUCGGGCUGCUGUAAAGAUGAGCUGGGCUGCAAAGCGCAAGGAUGAAGAAUGAAGGCUGCGAGAUGGAAGAUGGCCUCGUGAGGCGUGGUGGACCAGAAAUGAUGAAGUUGACACUAAUGUAUGCGCUCAUUUACAACUGCUCGCAGUCCUUGGUGCAUCCGGCGAUCUGGCCAAGAAGAAGGUGAGUGUGUACGGUGUGCCACCCGGCUGCUAUCUUUGAGUGCUUGCACAGCAGCAGCAGACUGACUUACUUACCAUGGUCGCCUCACCUCUCUGCAGACCUUUCCCGCUCUGUUCAAUCUGUUCCGUCUAGGCUUGUUGCCAAAGAACACGACGAUUGUGGGCUAUGCACGCACAAAGAUGAGCAAUGACGAGUUCCACCAAAAGGCCAGCGGAUACUUUAAAGAUGCCGACUCGGGCGAAGGCGCAGAGGCAAAAAAGAAGUUUUUGUCCUUGUCCAGCUACAUUCCGGGUGCUUACGAUGACGACAAGGCCUUUGCGAAUCUCAAUUCUGAAUUGGAAAAGAUCGAGAAGAACAACAAGGGAAAGAGCACAAACAGAUUGUUCUACAUGGCUUUGCCUCCCAACGUCUUUACUGUCGUCGCUGCUGGAUUGAAGAAGAACUGCUACGUCGAACAGGGAAACAACAGGAUUGUCAUUGAGAAGCCGUUUGGCAAGGAUUUGGAGAGCAGUCGCGAGAUGAUGGGCAAGCUGAAAGAUUUGUGGAAAGAGGAAGAGACUUUCCGUGAGUGAUCAUCCGUGAUGGAAGCGAGUCGCAGUGGUGCCAUUUUUGCACCACAUGCUCGUUUUGCAGAAGCUUGCGGCGGGUGCCGGUGCUGAUCGUCUUCAUCACGGCUGCAACGAAGGCAUUGACCACUACCUUGGCAAGGAGAUGGUCAAGAAUUUGCUGGUCAUGCGCUUCGGAAAUCCAGUGGUGGAUGUGGGUCUGAACAACAAAUUUGUCGACAAUGUCCAAAUCACAUUCAAGGAGCCUUUUGGUACUGAAGGUAGAGGAGGCUACUUUGACGAGUUUGGAAUCAUUCGUGACAUUCAGCAAAACCGUGAGUGGCUACAUUUCCCGGCAAUUGUGCACAGGGCCAUUGGCAGAAUGCUCAUGCAGGCUUACCUCUUGCCUGCUUGACCAGACUUGACACAGGUCUUGUCAUUGCUGGCCAUGGAUGCGCCCAAGUCAUUGGGCGCUGAAGAUAUCCGAGACCAAAAGGUCAAAGUUCUGGAGUCUGUGCCUCCUAUUGAUGCGAAGGAUGUGCUGAUUGGCCAGUACUCGGCUGCCAAUGGAAAGCCCGGCUACAAGGAUGAUGACACUGUGCCAAAGGACAGCAACUGCCCCACCUUUGCUGCGCUUGUCCUCUGGGUUAACAACGAGCGCUGGAAGGGUGUGCCUUUUGUCCUGAAGGCAGGCAAGGGUGAGCAACACUUAGUGGGGAGAUGUAUGCGCAUCGAAGGCGACUAACGCAGGAUGCUCGGCUCUACUCUUGCAGCACUUGACGAGGGCCAGGUGUCCAUCCGAGUGCAGUACAAGGAUGCAGAGGGCCCAUUGAAGGGUGCCGCUCGCAACGAGCUCGUACUCAGAGUGCAGCCCAAUGAGGCAGUGUACUACAAGAUCAACGCAAAGACACCUGGUCUGGAGGGCUCCUUUUCAAGCUCUUUGCCCGCGGAUCUGGACCUCACGUACAAGCAGCGCUUUGAGGUGAGAGCUUGGCAGACUGAGGUGUAGCACCCAAGUUUCGAGUGGCACCAAAGCUGAUCAUACCCGUGCAUUGCACGCCUCGCAGAACAUCCGCAUUCCAGAAGCAUAUGAAGCGCUCAUCCUCGACGCGCUUAACGGCGAUCACAGCAACUUCGUUCGAGACGACGAGUUGGACGCGUCAUGGAAGAUCUUUACUCCUAUUUUGCAUGCGAUUGACGCCGGCAAGGUGCAAGUCAGCUCGUACCCUUAUGGAAGCCGGGGUCCCUCCGAGCUCAACGAAUUCUUGGCAAAGUACGGCUACAGACGAUCGUGAGUUGUGCAGUGUGAACGUUGGCGGUCACUAGCCUCGCAGUGCUGGGCGACUAGUCAAACGCUGAAUCCUCGUGUGGUUCCCUAUCUUCUUCGUGGCAGUGAUGGAUACGAGUGGCCUAAGACCAAUGUCGCAAACGUCUCUGGCAAAAUGUAA